AUGUAUGAUAAUUCUCGCGUGCCUUCCUACACCAAUGUAUCAUCUCAUCCAUGUCACCUGCAAUACAAUCAUUGGUCACUAGACAUACCAACUACUGGGACCGCUAUUAGUCAAUCAUUAUCACAAACUACGGCACCAUUCUCUUCUACUUCCUAUUGCUCUCAAUCACAACAAGCUAAACAAGUGUCUACACCAAACUAUGUUAAUUAUAAUCCAGCUUCGUCACCACUACCAUCAUCAUCAUUAUCAUCAACCCAUUUAUAUAAUUAUCAACGUCCAAAAUCAACAAUUUUUCGAAAUUCAACAUCGACAAAUCAACCGAUAUUGCAUACUAAUGAUCUUCGACAACGUUGUGAAUCUAAAGCUAUAGUUGGUAUUGUUAAACCAAUGAUUCAUCAACAUUCAUACACUCAAUUAAACAAUAAUAAUAAUGAAAGUAAAAUUCCAGAGAUAAUGUUAAGCUCAUAUGAUCAUAAUUUAACGCGUUUAUCAUUUCCAUUAUCAUCACCAACAAUGUCACCGAAACUAUCUGAAAAAUCAUCUGUUAUUUAUCGAUCUCGUCCGUCAUCAUCAUACAAUAAUAUGAAUGGUCAUCCACCUAUGGCACCACGACGACAUUCAUCAAUUAAUAAUAGUAAAUGUUUGUCAUCUCGUCGUACAUCAAGAGCAACAUCGUCAUCUAUAACUGCUUUUAAUGAACUUUCAUCAACAACAAUAUCAUCAUCACCAUCAUAUGAAAAUGAACAACAACAAAAUGAUGACAAAAUUAUUAUUGAUAUUAAACGUCUUGAAAUGUUCUAUGGAAGUGUUGGUACAAUAGUUAAAUCAGCUCGUUCAAUAGCUCGUCUUUAUACAACAACAGCACGACAAAUAGUCAAUUUUGAAGAUUGGUCAUGUCAACAACGUGGUGUUCCUGUUUGGAUAUAUAAUACUGGAGCGAAUUUGAAACGAACACGACAAGUUAAAUUAUUACUUGCUCAACAUGAAAGUUGUUUUGCUAUAUGGUCAAGUUUAAUUUCAGAUCAAGCUGAAUUACGUUUACCAAAAGACAAUUAUAUAACAUGCUGGUUAUCAGAAUCCAAUUUACUUGCUGUAUUACAAUUUGAAUGUAAUGAUGCAUGUCGAUUAUUUUUUCGACAUUAUUAUGAAAUAUUAGAAUAUGAACAACGUAUGAAUCUAACAAAUCUAUUACCAUUAUCAAUUGAAAAUAUGCAACAACAACAACAACAACAACAAAGUAAAACUACAAAUAAUACUAAAGAAAUCCCACGUCGUUAUUCACGUUUACGAACAAUAUCAAAUAAACAAGAUAAAGAACAACAAGAAUCUGAUGCACGUCGUUGUCGUAGUUUAUCAAGAAUUCGAACAGUUAAAAAAUCGGCAAUAUCCGGACCAAUUAAUUUUGAACAUAUAAAUCAUAUAAGUAGUGGUUGUAAUCAAGAACGUCCAUUAUCAAGUACAGUAACACUGCGUUCUUUACAUGCAUCAAUGUCACAUUUACCGACGAAUGGUACAUUAACUGAUCGAUAUUCUAAACAAAUCAAAACCCGUGCUUCUACUUUCUUUGAACCACGAACAACAGCAGUUUAA